GGUUUGUGCUGACAAAGCUAGUUGAAUGGUGUUUGAUUUGGGACAUAUUUACUUUGGAAAAUACCCAAUACCAGCCCAGCAUCAAAGUUCACAUUGAAACCCUGCUGGUGACCUUGGCUCAUUUCAUCUCUGCCACACUUCUCAGAAGCACAGAGCUUUAGCUCUGCCAAAAUGAAAUGCCCAUUCCAACCCCUCAUCAUUUCUCUCAUCCUAACGUCUAUAUGUGGGAGCAACAGCCUGGCUGGUCAGCUUGAGAAAGGAGGGGAAGAUUCUAUAUUCGCAGACCCCCAAUGGGGGCAGUUAAAUAGCAAAAACCUGAGCAUGCCCCUUCUCCCUGCUGACUUCCACAAGGAAAAUACGGUCACCAACGACUGGAUCCCAGAGGGGGAGGAGGACGAGGACUAUCUGGACCUGGAGAAGAUAUUCAGUGAAGAUGAUGACUAUAUUGACAUCAUCGAUGCGGUUUCGCCAACCGAUUCAGAGGCUGGCGAAGGGAACAUCCUCCAGCUCUUCCAAGGCAAGAGCCGAAUCCAGCGUCUCAACAUCCUCAAUGCAAAGUUCGCUUUCAACCUUUACAGAGCACUGAAGGAGCAGGUGCGUCCUUCCGACAACAUCUUUAUAGCCCCAGUGGGCAUUUCCACCGCCAUGGGUAUGAUUUCCUUUGGCCUGCAGGGGGAGACCUAUGAACAAGUGCACUCGAUUUUGCAUUUUAAAGACUUUGUCAAUGCCAGCAGCAAGUAUGAGAUCAUGACCAUUCACAAUCUCUUCCGUAAGCUGACUCAUCGCCUCUUCAGGAGGAAUUUUGGGUACACACUGAGGUCGGUCAAUGAUCUUUAUGUCCAGAAGCAAUUUCCAAUCCUGGAUGACUUCAAAAGGAAAGUAAAAGAGUACUACUUUGCGGAGGCCCUGGAGGCUAACUUCUCAGACCCUGCCUUCAUAUCGAAAACCAAUAACCACAUUCUGAAGCUCACCAAGGGUCUCAUAAAAGACGCUCUGGAGAAUAUAGACCCAGCUACUCAGAUAAUGAUUCUAAACUGCAUCUACUUUAAAGGAUCCUGGGUGAAUAAAUUCCCAGUAGAAAUGACACACAACCACAACUUCCGACUCAAUGAACGAGAAGUAGUCAAAGUUUCCAUGAUGCAGACCAAGGGGAACUUUCUGGCCGCAAAUGACCAGGAGCUGGACUGUGAUGUCCUGCGGCUGGAGUAUGUGGGGGGCAUCAGCAUGCUAAUUGUGGUCCCUCACAAGCUGUCUGGGAUGAAGACCCUUGAGACACAGCUGACACCACAGGUGGUGGAGAGAUGGCAGAAAAGCAUGACAAACAGAACUCGAGAGGUGCUUCUGCCUAAAUUCAAGCUGGAGAAGAACUACAACCUGGUGGAGGCCCUGAAGUCAAUGGGGGUCACAGCGCUGUUUGACAAAGACAGCAAUAUGGCAGGAAUCUCAGACCACAGGAUCACCAUCGAUCUGUUCAAGCACCAAGGUACCAUCAUGGUGAACGAAGAGGGCACCCAAGCUGCCGCCGUGACCACUGUGGGGUUCAUGCCACUGUCUACCCAAGUCCGUUUCACUGUCGACCGCCCCUUUCUGUUCCUCAUCUAUGAGCACCGCACCAGCUGCCUACUCUUCAUGGGGAGAGUUGCCAACCCCACCAAGUCCUAAAGGUGGAGCUCUGGGCAUUUCAAGUGUUUUGGGGCCACUCUGUAAUUCUGGUUCCAUUCUAACAAUGAGAACGGAGAUGUUUUGCCAUCAUGGCUUUCAUGGUUUAUGCUACCAUUCUGAAAUCGAGGCCCAUAGGAGACAAGAAAUUUACAAACGACCAAGAAGCUCACUGGAAUCAGUUCAGCACAGUGAAUAAUGCCAGCAGUUCAUAGAAGUUAAUGUACCUGUGACAUGUCAGCUGUUACCUAGAGGGUGUCAACAACAUACAGAUGGGUUUACUUCCUCCUCCUCAGUGCAAACCUGUGGAGGUCCUGCCUGCACACCUCCUUCCCCUGCAGUCCCCGUCCUUGAGCAUUUGGCUCUAUUACUCAAAUUACCAGCGCUCCUCAUCUGAACACAGAACACAGAAAUGAGCUGCAGGACUAAUUUCUCACCUCUCCCAAGGCUGGUGCCUAGGACAGAAGCAACCUCAUGACAUUUGAGGGGUGCCCUGGGUGUUAGCGCUUCAUUCUCUCAAGGUUCAACCUUCCGAAUUGAUGCUAAAUGUCAUCUAUACUUCUGCUAUCACCUCACUGCUGCCCAGAAGACAGCAUGUACACAUGGCGCCAUGCUUCCUACCUUAGCGAUAAAUAAAUAUCGCCACUUUUACUGUG